AUGGCCAGUGCUUAUGGUCAGUCAGCGCUCGCAAUCGCCACAGUUGCAUCCACUAAUGCCUCCGCCGCUGCCGGCGCCACCGCUAAUGCCAUUGCCACCAACGCCGGCACAACUGUAACGGAUAUGACAAGCGCGUUGGAGCAUCAUGGUUUGGUAGUGCCGCCCGCAUCCACAUCCACUUCGCCUACCACCCCGCCUACAACAUUGCUGCAACAUACGCAACAACUAACGCACGCGCAUGCACAGCUACAGCUAGCGCAGCAGCAUCAUCAACAAUUGCAACAACAACAACAACAAAUGCAGCUAACAUCACAAUUGGAGCUGGAACCGCCAGUGUCAGCAAGCGCUUCCAGCAUGUUGCACGCAGAACACAACGGCGGUGGCGGCGGUAAUUUACACAACGGCUUGCAUAGCCAGUCACUGGAGAGCGUCGGCGGCAAUAGCAGCAGCAGCGGCAGCAACAACAAUGGCAGCGUUGGCGGUGGGGUCAGCAUGCUGCACAGCUAUGUGAAUAGCAUGCAUGGCGGCCGCCCCAGCCCGACGGCAUCAGGUUCUUCAGGCGGCAGCCGCUCGUCGGCGCACUCACUGCCGUUGCCCGCACACUCGCCAGCGCUGCAGCAUCAAGUGAACGGCGCUUAUCUACAGGCGGCGAGCUGCGGCUCAGCGCUCACCGCUACCGCCACCACAAUUGUGUCGCCCGCGCUGAUGGGGCGCCUAGGUGGCAGUCAUGGCGAUGUGAACGGCAGCGGUGGCGGGAGCGAUGGACUGGGCGUUGGCGGUCCCUUGGCGCUGCUGCACCAUCACCACCAGCACCAUCACCAUUUGGCGCCGCAUCAUCACCAUCACCACCACCAUCCCCACCACAGCGUAACGCAUCAGCUGCACCAUCCGCACGACGCAUCCGUUGGACUAUUGGAUAUAUCCACAUUGUAA